GUUAUUCGGUGUACGUGCUCUGUGCUUAUACACUCGAGGACCCUCAACCUGAAGAGCCCCAUGAAGGUCUCAAGACUCGAGUAGAGCCCUGCGAGCUCGAGAAACAGUCGCCUUCCUGGAUGGGAGCGAUGUGCACGCGCCUGGCUGGCCCGCAUGGUGUCCAGGAUGUAGCCCACGACGUCAUCGUGAUAGUAUCUGGGCAGCGUCAACGCUCAAAGCCGCCUGGCUAGCGUCCGCCAUGUUCGCCCGCCUCCGUGCUAUCGCCCACCAUCUCGCCCCCUCCUACAGCCUAGCCCCCGCGAGAAUGUCCACCGUCGUCCACAACGACAGCGCUGCCUGCUGCAGCAUCCCGCCCGUCAAGUCCGACUACACGCCCAAGGGCUCGUUCAAGUCCUACGCCGGAUUCAACAAGGUCUAUGUCACCGGCCAGCCGGCCAGCGGUAACCUCGCGCUCAUCUGCGUCUACGACAUCUUCGGCUUCAAGCCGCAGACGCAGCAAGGCGCCGACAUCCUCGCCGACAAGCUGAACGCGCACGUCAUCAUGCCCGACUUCUUCGAGCCCGCGGACGCGUGGCCCGUCGACCAGUUCCCGCCGCAGACGGACGAGGAGAAGGCGAAGCUCCAGCAGUUCUUCGGCGGCCCGGCGAACCCGCCGAACAACGUCGCGAAGCUGCUCAAGGUCGGCGAGACACUCAAGCAGGACGGGGCAACAUUCGUGGGCGCGUUCGGCUUCUGCUGGGGUGGCAAGGUCACGAUUUUGGCUGGUUCGGCACCGUCAACGACUCUGGAUGCUGUGACUGCUACGCACCCUGCUAUGCUCUCGUCAGCCGAUGUCACCGAGCUCAAGGUCCCCCUUGGCCUCUACCCAAGCCAGGAUGAGCCUCAGGAUGAGUACAAGAAGAUCGUGGAAAUUAUCUCCAAGAAGCCAUUCGCUGACAAGAACGACGAUAAGUUUUACGACUCCUUCCAUGGAUUUGCCGCCGCUCGGGCCGAUUUGACUGAUCCAAAGCAGCAAAAGGACUUCCAGGACUUGUACGCCAGGCUCGUGGCUUUCUUCGGUAAGGCCAGCGGCACGCACGUGCACUGAGAUCGAGAAAAGAGAGGACAACGGAUAGGAUGGAAGCAUUUAUGACUACAAAUGAUGUACAACAGCCCACGAACCAUAAUCGUUCCUUGCUGAUCCACGAGAGAUGUUCGCACCCUGAGUCUCCACGGAAGGGGCUGGGCUCAAACCCACCCCGUCCUUCGCGCCUACAUUCAAUGCGUUUCAUUGCCAGAAUGGACGGUGCACCUACUAUGUUUGUCAGAACUGAAGGCCCUCGGUGAGAGCUGCCGGCACCUUCCACAUCCAGAACGGACCGGCCGGAUCCGCGUCUUCAUGGAACGCACCCGUCCAGAUGCCGCCGACGCCGGCGGCGCUGCAUAUGUUCCCGAUCUGAAGGCCUUCCGCACU